AUGUACUCAGUUGUGGUUGUCUUAAUGAUCAUUUUUGGUGCAGAAAGUCUUUUGGAUGAAGAGAAUGUAGUACCAGAUUUGGCACCUCAUAUUGAUAAUCCGAUGGAGUUUGAAUUCAUUGAAGAUGUCCAUAAGAAGCAGUAUUUGAAAUCAUUAUUUAUGGAGUCCUUUUAUGAACCGAACUGUGAUAAUAAGCCGAAUGUUUCGAUCAAGCCGAUUUACUUUUGGCCUGGUCAGCGUAUUGACCUUCGAUGUGUAAUGUGUCGUCGAGCGUUUACUUUUAAUGGGUUAAUAAAGCACUGGUGGUUUAUGCCAGCGAAGGACGUUGAGGAUGCACUGGGAGAUAUGAAUAACCUAAAAAAUUCACCUAAGUGGAAUCAGCAUUUGCUGACGUUAAGUGCCGAUUAUGGGGAGAACAGAUGGCGUGAUUUUGGCGCAAUGCCUAGCGACUUCGGGACUGGGACAAAUCCACGAUCACAGACCAUACUCAUACAGAGAAGAGGGAUGCUAAUCUUGUUACAGCAAAUUUUUUGCGCAGAAACUGAAUGUCCGGAAUCACAAGGUUUUCCUGAUUCAAACUGGAAAUUUCGUCAUAUUCCUCCUACAUAUAUACGUGAUGCAUUUGGGAUGUGCACUAUGAAUUGGACAUCGUGUCUCGACUGGGUAGUGAGUGAUAAAAAUAUGAACGAGGAGAUCAGCUGGAAUUUGUACGGACAUUCGAUAGAUGCUAAACUGGCAGAAAAGUAUGUAAAUUUGAAAAUUCAAUUGCAGUGGAGUGAAUGGUCAUCGUGCGAACAAGGUACCACAGUAAGAACUAGAGAAGGCCACUGUUACUUAAGAAAGAUAGAUCCAAGUAAAGAUAUCGGUCAGUUAGUAGAAGGUGUAUUUGCUGCUUAUGAUCUAUUCAACUGGGUGACAAAGUUGAAGAAUCAUAUGUCAAAAAUCCCCGAAUUCACCAUUACUGGCAUACGUCUUUAUAGUGGGUUAGUAUCAAAACUGAUUCAUGAAGGCGCCUUUGGUGAUGACAAAACAUAUGACGAUUGUUACAGUAUGGCAGAUAUGUUCUUUAAGAAACCAAAAGCAACGAAACGCUGGAUCUCUGCUAUUUUCUCAGCAUUUGGAAUUGAUAAUGUUGAAUCAAUGUUAAAGAUCAGUAAUCGAUUAUGCCUGUAUUACUAUAGUAAACCGACGAUACGAGUAGAUAAAACACCAGCUAGCGUAUUCGUUGGUACCCAUCUUGUGGACACCCAAAGGUGUCCAAUCCUUUAA